AUGAAAAACAUGGUGUGGUCUAACUUGAAAUUGCCAUUUACAACAGCAGGUAGAUAUCGCAAAGAACGAGUGGAUAGCUUGAUGAACAAGUCAAACGUCAAUACAGAAUAUAGGGAAGCCUUAAGAACGAAGUCUUACAUAGACAUUUGCUGCAAAGUGCAGGGACAGCUGGAAACAAAAACCAUAGAUAAAUUAUCCUCACCAUCGUCUGUUCCUUUGUAUUUUCACCUCUCCGAAUUUUUGCUUGAACCACGUCAAGAAACCCUAAUCGCCAUGCUUGAAGGCUCGAAUCUUCAUCACCUCUUCGUUAAUUACUUCGAAGCUAGCUUAGAAGCGUGCAAAAUAUGUGAAUCUCUUCUCUUAAGCAUCCAUCAAACACGAAGUAACUAUCAAAUAAUCGAAAGGGUACUGAAACUAACCCAGAGAGUAGAUAAGAGUAGCCCAGUGCACGAGGACGACAUUGACGAUAAUUGUCAUGAUAUAUUUGCAGAACUUGCUUCAUUUGCAUUGAUUAAGAACCCUUUAUCAACUCUUAGCCCAGGGCAAUUGGGUGAUAUUCAUGACAGACACAGUUUAUUGUUUCAUAGAUUAACGGCAAAAUGCCAGAAGAUUAGACGAAGAACAAGGUUGAUCAAAUGUUACAAAAAGGUUGUGGGGAGUGUCCUUGUAGUUGCUUACAGUGCCCUAGCAAUUACCUUGUUUGUUCUUGCUGUUCAUAGCAUGGUUGGUACUAUUGCCGCUCUAGGGUUGAUUGCUUGCUCUUUAGGGUUACUUAAGAAGCGGAGGAAGACAAUCACGCCUGAAAGAUUGGAAUUGGAUGCUCAGCUUGAUGUUGCAGCAAAAGGGGUUUAUAUACUGAUCAAUGAUUUUGAUACAAUGAGUCGGCUUGUGAGGAGAUUAUACGAUGAGAUAGAACACAGCAGAGCCAUGGCUGAUAUGUGUGUUAGAAAUGGAAACAAUGAGGUGUUGAAGGAGGUUGUCAAGGAUUUUCGGAACAAUGAAAGCCGCUUUUUGGAGCAGUUAGAAGAGCUUGAGGAGCAUAUAUACUUGUGUUUUCUCACCAUAAACAGAUCAAGGAAGCUACUAGUACAAGAAAUAAUGGUGCAAAAAUCGAAAUGA